CCUGCGCCUGCGCAGUGCUGCCGGUUGGCUGGGGUUGGGUGCAGUCAAACCGUUCCAGAGAAGCGGCGUUUCCGGCUGGUUUCUUCGGGUGAACGCAGUGCUGACACCGCGAAACACCGAGGAGAGAAGGCCGCUGGUGGAGGAGCUCGGAGACCGGGGAGAAAAAUAAAACACGCGCAAACAGCAGGGUGACAGAUUCCUGGAGAGAAACAGGGAGUAGGCGGAAGGGGACCUACCGAGAGCCGGCAUGGCCAGGGACUAUGAUUACCUCUUUAAGCUGCUCAUCAUUGGGGACAGCGGUGUGGGGAAGAGCAGUCUUCUGUUGCGGUUUGCAGACAACACUUUUUCAGGUAGCUACAUUACCACGAUUGGGGUAGAUUUCAAGAUCCGGACUGUGGAGAUCAAUGGUGAGAAAGUGAAACUUCAGAUCUGGGACACAGCUGGACAGGAGCGGUUCCGCACCAUCACAUCAACGUACUACAGAGGGACGCAUGGGGUGAUCGUGGUGUACGAUGUAACCAGUGCAGAAUCCUUUGUAAACGUCAAACGGUGGCUGCAUGAAAUUAACCAGAAUUGUGACGAUGUCUGCCGGAUAUUAGUGGGCAACAAGAAUGACGAUCCACAGUCGAAAGUGGUGGAGACAAACGAUGCACAGAAAUUUGCAGAGCAGAUGGGGAUUCACCUGUUUGAGACCAGUGCAAAAGAAAACCUGAACGUGGAGGAGAUGUUCAACUGCAUCACGGAGCUCGUUCUGAAAGCAAAGAAAGAGGUUGUGGCCAAACAGCAGCAGCAGCAGCAGAACGAUGUUGUGAAGCUGACGAAAAACAGUAAAAGAAAGAAAAAAUGCUGCUAACCGUCAAGCAAAAAGAAAUGAUGCACCGGACUCCACUUAAAACACAAAUCCACACAGUCCCCUUCGGACGCAAGGAUCAUGAAGAUUAAAACAGAUGAUUUUACCAGAUGCCUGGAGCAGUUUUGUUUUUUAAUUCAUUGGUUCUGUGAUGUUAUUUAAUAAUGCAUAGAGAGGACAGAAGAAGACUGCACUGGUGAUGUUGCAGCGCCCACAGAAAUAUAUAUAUCUCCUUUUUUUUUUUUUGGUCGGAUUAAUUUUUGUCCCUCUCCAUUCCAUACUGCAUGGACAUUUAGAAAAUCACAAAACGCCGACAGCGACUGAACUGUUUCUAUUGGGGAUUUGUGCACCUAUUGUACAUCGCUUCUGUGUCUGCCUGCCAUCUCCACCUCUCACCGCUUCGUCUAACGCAUUCAGAUGCCAACAAAUCAUGAACUUUGAGUACAUUUUUUAAAAUAAAUGUUCUUAAUCUGAGUUUGCUGACCAGUGUGUUAGCAAUCGGUGACUGCCAGCCUCUUGUUUUUUUGCACUUUUCCCUCAUAUUAGCUGCUCCAUCUGUCCCUCCAUCUCUCUCUCUCUCUCUCUCUCUCUCUCUCUCAAGCAUCUUAUUCUCCAACAUUUAUUUUGUGAUUUUAAAAAUAAUAAUAAAAAACACACCUUUAACCUUCACAAAGGGAGAACAGGGUUGAUUUGGGGUUAAACCUUUUUAUGGACAAAGGAGGAAAAAAAAAGAAAUAUAAGCAAAAUAUAUAUAAAUUGCAAAUUUGGAUUUGUACUUGUUAGCCUGCUUUACCAUUUCUAUAGCGCCCGGGUACAGCACAAUCUGGAAACCACACCUGUAGAUAUGAAAGGAAUGGACCUUGUACCAUAAAGCCAUGGGAAGAGAAUGGAACAAAAUAAAAGAAAAAGGAAA